UCAGGAAGGCUUGUCUGUAGAUACAAAAAUUUUUUUACCAAGAUGCUCCCCUUAAACUAGUUUGCACUAUAGGAUAAUCUAAAAUGCUUUGUGACUACUUAUACUGUAUGCAAAUUUAUUCCAGCACUACUUCAUUGAUCAUUCACAACCCCCUUUCAGUGUCUUCAGAAAGACCAUUUUUUGAAAGAGGAUGUGCAACCUCCACGUUUCAGUGAAUUGUGCAUGUGCUAAAUGAACCUACAAUAAUCAAUUAAUUUGAGGAUAAAUAUUUUACUGAAAAUGACAGAUUCAAAACUGAGACACUUCCAUGAAAGUGAGUUUGCCAGUGGAAACAAUUCAACUCUAUCUCCAUCUCAGGAUGGUGACUCACCUGAAUGCAAAGUGGUCCAUCGGAAACGCAAACACGUGCCUAUAGCAAAUGGAGAAAUGUUGGGAAAGACCAAGAAGCGGCCCAAAAUAAUCCCAGAGCUUAUAGAGCCAUCAAGUUCAAAGAGUACCAUUGUUGUUGUGUUGCCUACAAGCACAACUGAGCAACAAGGUUCCCGAGUAAUCCACAUCCGGCCAGCAGAUGAUAGUUCUAAAGGUAUGUUAACCUCACUAGAGCAGCUCAGCUCAGUAUUGGAAGCUCUGCCAUUUUCAACCAUGCAUGUGCAAGAUAUACAAGUGAAUCACCAAAAAGAAUUGAUUGCUGUUCAGCUGUUGGGGGUUAAUGAAGAAGAUAUUGCUUCUCUUUUGCAACUGACUCAGCUUGGACCUUGGUCAGUUAUUGUAAAUGUUUCAUCCAAGCCUACUAUUAAGCCAGUAAUUGAAAAAAUUAGACAGAAGAGGCAAGAAAAUAUUUCUGUGAAAACUGCUCCAGCCAUCCUCAAAUGUAACUCACUGGGUAAUUUACAUGAAAUUAAUGAAAAUGUAAGAUCAAAUAUCAUAAAAGGAAAUUAUUCAGGUAUUGACAUUAGUGGCCGUGGCAGUAACUUUUUUGUUGUUGGCAUGUUUGGCCCAUUUGAAGUUAUCAAAUCUGCAAAGGUUAGAAUAUCUUCAAAGUUUUGCAGUCUUGAAGACUAUUUCUACAAACCAAAAUUCAAAUCUACAGAAGCUGAAUGGGAAAGAGCUAAAUCCUGGACAAAUUUUCAAGAAUGCUUAUAUAACAAUAAAGAAUUCACUCCUGAAGAUUUAGAAAAUGAAUUGAAUGAGAAAAUAAAUAAAAUUGCCAAGCAUUUUAUGGAUUUUAAACUUGGCACUCUUGAUGAAAAGUCCAUGAAAGAGAAGAAAAUGAAUAAGGUUGACUAUGCAAUGCCUUACCUGCCAACAUACAAGGAUGUUGAGUUUCUUGGAAAAUUGUUCAUGGGCAAGGAAAGUGAUGCUGAUAAGGAUGCUGUGGUUGAACCACUGUGGAAAAGAAAGCAUGACCCUAACAGCAAGUAUAAUAAAGGAUUAUUUAGUGAAAAGGAAAGUCAAGUUGUUAAUGAAAAUUGGAAUCAGUUUCAAAAGGUCAGUUAA